UCAAACGUUGGUAACAAUCUACAACAGAACUGCAAGUAAUUACGAAUGAAGGUGUCAAAAUUAACCUAUUACCAAAAUGGAAAAUUAUGUUAAGUGACUAAACUGGUCCGGGUCUUGAUUGGUGCUGGGUGGAAUUUUGUUGUGUAUGCCAGUUUUACUCACACUGUUGAGGAGAGGCAUGGCAGGUGGUUACACAGCAGGAACUCAUUCUGUUGUCUAUGUAACAGCACCUAGUGAAGAUGUGGCAAAGAAGCUUGCUCAUGGUAUUGUGACAAACAAACUGGCAGCCUGUGUUAACAUUACUCCCAAAAUAAUUUCUGUGUAUGAAUGGAAGGGAGAAAUCAAUGAAGACUCUGAAGUGUUAAUGAUGAUAAAAACCAGAACGUCUCGAGUUGAUGAACUGGCACAAUAUGUCAGAUCAAAUCAUCCUUAUGAAGUAUGUGAGGUUAUCUCUUUACCAAUUGAGAAUGGAAACCCACCAUACUUAGACUGGAUUGGAGAGACUGUUCCAAAGAAAUCAUAACUUCAAAAUGCUAUACAUUGUCAUCAAUGAGGAGUUUUUAUCAAGUGAAAUAGCCUUUUUAUAAAAAACUGAUGUCAAUAUCAAAACAUGAAAGAAUAAAGUUCUCUUCCAAUGAAA